CUCUUCUUGAUGCCGAGCGGCAGUAGUUCUGAGUGAUUUAGUGUUAACGAUUCGGCGGUUCUGUGUCUUAAUAAAAAAAAAAGAGUUAUAAAUUGUUGUUGUGCGUAAAAAGUAGAAACUUGCGCAAGUGAAAUGCGGUUGUCUUGUGGUUUGGCCACAAUUUUUGUGGUGUUCGCUGUGUUGUUGCGAGAGCAGUCGGUCCAAGCUGCAUGCGGCUAUGCGAACUGUCCGGCGGGUAAGUCGAAUAUGAUCAACGUGCAUUUGGUACCGCACUCCCACGACGAUGUUGGCUGGUUAAAGACUGUAGAUCAGUACUAUUAUGGAUCGCGUAACAACAUACAGCGAGCGGGCGUGCAGUAUAUUCUAGACAAUGUGGUUCAGGAACUGCUGAAGGACUCCAAUCGACGCUUUAUUUAUGUCGAAUCCGCGUUCUUCUUUAAAUGGUACAACGAACAGAGUGCCGAUAUAAAAUCUAAAGUGAAGACACUGGUGAAUGGUGGACGCUUGGAGUUCGCUGGUGGCGCUUGGUCCAUGAACGAUGAAGCGGCUGUGCAUUAUCAGUCGGUGGUGGAUCAGUUCACAAUUGGUUUAAAACUACUUCAGCAGAUUUUCGGCACUUGCGGCCGUCCUCAUGUUGGCUGGCAAAUCGAUCCAUUCGGUCAUUCGCGUGAAAUGGCUUCACUAUUUGCUCAGAUGGGUUUUGAUGGUCAAUUCUUUGCGCGCAUGGAUUGGAUUGAGAAGAGUGAGCGUAUUAAGAAUUUAACUGCGGAGAUGAUCUGGAAAGCCAGCGCUGAUUUGGGUGAGAGAUCUGAACUCUUCACCGGCUUGUUGUAUCAGCAUUAUUCGGCGCCACCGGGCUUCUGCUUCGAUACACUCUGCUCCGAUGAGCCCAUCAUUGAUGGUAAUAGCUAUGAUAAUAAUGUGAAAGAAAGGGUUGACAAAUUCAUUGAAUACAUACAAAAUGUGACCGCGCGCUAUCGUUCUUCGCAUGUACUCAUUCCUAUGGGCGAUGACUUCAAUUAUCAGAAUGCGGCGAUGAACUUCAAGAAUAUGGAUAAGUUGAUCAAAUAUGCCAACCAACGUCAGUCUGUUGGAUCGAAGGUGAAUCUAUUUUAUUCCACACCUGCUUGCUACCUAAAAGCCAUACAUCAGGAGCCGCUCACUUGGCCCUCAAAGACGCAAGACUUCUUUCCUUACUCCACUGAUUGGCACACCUACUGGACCGGUUACUACAGUUCACGUCCAACGCAGAAACGCUUCGAACGCGAUGGUAAUCACUUCUUACAGGUUACAAAGCAACUCACCACGCUUGCGAACCUCACCGGCACCAAUGUGGAUGAAAAUUUGAACCAGCUACGUCAUGCCAUGGGCGUCAUGCAGCACCAUGAUGCUAUCACCGGCACUGAGAAACAACAUGUUGCCCAAGAUUACGAUCGUUUGUUGGCUGCUGCUAUUGAGUCUGCGCAAACGAACGCUCGCUCGGCACUGCAGCGACUAACCAACCUCACAAGUGGUGAAUUCGUCAGCUGUCUGCAAUUGAAUAUUAGUGUUUGCGACUUUACCAAAGAUGGCGCAAAUCAAGUGGUCGUCACAUUGUUCAACCCACUUGCGCGACCUUCUACACAAUAUGUACGUGUACCAGUGAAGAAUGAGGCUUACAUUGUGACCGAUGAUACUGGUCGCGUGGUCCAAGCUGAUUUGCUACCUGUACCAAGUGAUGUGCAGUCUCUCAGUUUCCGUCCUAAGCAUGCCACACACGAGCUGGUCUUCUCAGCUUAUGUGGAAAAAUUGCGCAGCUUUUACAUAAAGAAACGAGUUAAUCGACGAAGUGUGGACGAUCUGGCAGGAGUUGAGCAAAAUGAGUUGCUAGAGGAGAAUAAUUCAGAGGUUGAAUUAAAAGCAACUCCGAAGGAUAUCCAACCAAGAGCAGAGAUCAUUGUGAAGAAUUCGCUCGUUAAGUUGACCUUCGACGGCACCGGUCAUCUCAAUAAGGUUGAAAUGAAUGGUGUCACCGAGAACAUACGCCAGGACUUUUAUUACUACAAGGGCGCAGCUGGUAAUAAUGCUGAGUUCAAAAAUCGUUCUUCCGGUGCUUACAUUUUCCGUCCCAAUGGCACCGAACUAUUAAUUGGUAAUACCGUGACCUUCAGCAUUUAUGAGGGCGCACAAGUGAAAGAAGUACAUCAACGCUUCAAUCCCUGGGUGUCGCAGGUGAUACGCAUUUACGAAGGCGUGAAUCGUGUCGAGUUCGAAUGGCUUGUCGGCCCUAUACCGAUCAAUGAUAAUAUCGGCAAGGAGGUUAUCACGCGUUUCACCAGCAGCAUCAAAUCCAAUGGUGUUUUCUACACCGACUCCAAUGGCCGCGAAAUGUUGCGUCGUGAACGUAAUAAACGUGAAUACUUUAAACCCAAUUUGACUGAAGCUGUUUCGGGUAAUUAUUACCCAGUCACUUCACGCAUUGCCAUUGAGGAUACAACGAAACGCAUUGCUCUGCUGAACGAUCGUGCUCAGGGCGGCAGCAGUUUGAAGGAUGGCGCACUUGAGUUGAUGUUGCAUCGUCGUCUGUUGCGUGAUGAUGCCUUCGGCGUUGGCGAAGCUUUGAAUGAGACUGCUUACGGCCAAGGUGUGGUCGCACGCGGCAAAGUCUAUCUCAUCUUGGGCAAAAUAAAAGACACACCUUCGCGUUACGAACGUGUCGAGCAGCAACAGAUACAUUUGCCUUUCUGGAAAUUCUUCAGCAGUGCUUCAAGAGCUAGUAAUGUGAAGGUGCCGAAGGUGGCUUCCUUCAAUGUCGCGCAAAAUGUACAUUUACUAACCCUAGAGCCAUUCGGCACAAAUGAACGUCUCUUACGUUUGGAGCAUAUCAUGGACAAAACUGAGGCUGCUUCAGUUACUUUCAAUUUGCGUCCGAUUUUCGAUCAGCUCGGUGGCGAGGAGAUACGCGAAACCACAUUGGAUGGCAGUUUAGGCUUGAGUGAAAUGAGUCGCUUCAAAUUCCAGCCUGAGGGCUCUAAGAUUCGGAAACCUGAGUAUUACAAGUCGUCACAUACGCCACUCUCGGCGAAGAAGAAGGACCCGGUGAGCAAAUUCAAUAUAGUCUUGAAUCCCAUGCAAAUACGUACAUUUAUUAUUAAAUGGAAAUAAAGCUCUUGUUGAAAAUAAA